CAGUUCAGACUUCAGAGAGAGCGAAGGGAGCAAAGUAAAGAAAAAAGGUUAAAGGUUAAAGGAUAAAGGAAAAAAAAAAAAAAAAGAGGGGAGAGGCACUUCUCUCUAUGCGUGCGUUCUCAUUGCAGGGGAGUCAAAAAAAGCAUACAGCGAAACCCGACGACUCUCUACUGAAAUCCACUGUUCAUUUUGCUCCCUAGGCCGCCUUUUUUUUUCUUUUUUCUUGUAGUUUCGACUUUCAACUACUUACCUGGGUUUUAGAUGCGAAGAAGAUGAGCAACCCCAAGUUCCAAAUAUUCGAUUCUUUUCCAGCUAGUUUGAGCAAUUUCUAAUGGCUAAGCGAGUUUAUCAAGCCUGGAAAGGAAAUAAUAGGUUCAUCUUUGGUGGGAGGUUGAUAUUUGGACCCGAUGCCAGGUCACUGAUAGUCACCAUAAUCCUUAUAGUCGUUCCCAUCAUUAUUUUCUGUGCGCUAGUGGCAAGGCAUCUUCGCCAUUCAUUUUCACCAUACAAUGCAGGAUACGCAAUUCUGGCUGUAGCAAUUGUCUUUACCAUCUAUGUAUUGGUGCUUCUUCUUGCCACGUCAGCCCGGGACCCAGGUAUUAUUCCACGUGCAUCACAUCCGCCUGAGGAAGAGUUCUGUUAUGAAUCUUCAGCUUCGGUUGAUGUUGGUGGAAGGCAAACUCCAAGUCUACAAUUCCCUCGCACCAAAGAAGUUAUGGUUAAUGGUAGAGCUGUGAGGGUGAAAUACUGUGAUACUUGUAUGUUGUAUCGUCCUCCCCGGUGCUCUCAUUGCUCAAUCUGUAACAACUGUGUGGAGCGAUUCGAUCAUCAUUGCCCUUGGGUUGGCCAGUGCAUUGGAUUGCGUAAUUACCGUUACUUCUUUAUGUUCGUUUCUUCAUCAACUCUUCUUUGCAUCUAUGUGUUUGCCAUAUCAGCAUUGUACAUUAAGAUACUCAUGGAUGACAAUCAUGGCACAGUUUGGGAGGCAAUGAAAGAGUCUCCUGCAGCGGUGGUGCUCAUGGUCUAUUGCUUUAUUUCUCUGUGGUUUGUUGGUGGUCUCACUGGCUUCCACUUAUAUCUUAUUGGUACAAACCAGACAACGUACGAGAAUUUCCGGUACAGAGCUGACAGCAGGCUAAAUGUCCACAACCUUGGUUGCUUAAAUAAUUUCUUAGAAGUUUUCUGCACCAAGAUAAAGCCUUCGAGGAACAAUUUCCGUGCUUUCGUACAGGAGGAAGUGCCUAGACUUCCAAUGGCCCGUACACGUGAUAUGGAAGUGGAAGAUUCAGGUGGAAACCCACGUGCUAAGGUCGAAGAUGAUUUAGAGAUAGGUGGAGACCUAAUGAAGAUCUCCCAGCGCCGUAACUUUGAAGAAUUGGAUGAAGACAUUCGUGGCAGAGGCCGCAACGGUCAACGUCUUGAUACUCCAGAUGCUGACUUAGUUUUGGAUUCAGACCAACAAGCUCAUGCUGUUCGAUCAGAGGCUCGCCACUCAAGUUGGAAUAGGAGGAGUGGGAGCUGGGAUGUAUCACCUGAUAUUCUUGCCAUGAACUCUGCAUUCACCGAAGGCAGAAACUAUAACACACAAAAGGAAUCACAGCAGUAAGGCAUUAGUUAUUUUGGGUGAUUCAUGUGACUUACAUGGACGCGGAUGCACUGGAUGGUUCAAUGUUCAUAUCUGAGUUUGUGAUGGACCCAAUUCAGGUCAUGGUUGAUGAAAAUGUGAUUGAUUGGACAAUUACAGAUGAGCUUAUGAAAUCAAAUUAAUUCCUCUUUUAUAAACCAUGUAUCCAUAUGUGCACGGGAUAUGACCAUUUCCAUUUGUUCUAGGGGCAGGAGUGUGUUUGUAACUACGGGGUGAUCUAGGGGAUAAAAGAAAUACGUUGCUUUUCUUCUUUGGUUCUUUUUAAUUCUCUCACUUGACAUUAUGUAAGUUUGAUAUUGUGGAUUUGUGAAUCUUUGAUGGGUGGCUUGAUUCUUUUUGUGUAAA